ACGGCACCGUCAUUUCUGAUCAAGUGUUGCAAGCCAUCGACAGCUCUCUUCUCUCCUUAUUCAAGCGCUUUUUCUCUUUUUUCCCAAAACACAAGUCCCAAGUUGUUGGACACUUUUUUUUGCCUAGCUCACUUUGAUUUCAAUUUUUAUUAUAUUUCAAAGAAGAUUUAAUCAUGAAACCCACCGGAAUUUUUACCAACGUGUUUUUAUUCCUGGCCGCAUUGACACUGGCCGCAGCAGCCUCCUUGCCCCUCCGCAGAACAUCCAUCUUCAGGGAUAGCGAGACCCCUCGACGCCAGUACGAGGAAUUGAUAGCCAGUCGACAAAUCCGCAGCAAUUUCGAAUCGUCAACAUCGGAUGAUCAAGUCGAAAAAUCAUCAGCCGCUGGCGAACCUGCCGGAACGUUGAAAUUCCACAUCAAACCGCCUUCACAAUUAACCGUAGCCAUGAACGACCGUUUGGAAUUGAUCUGUGACGUUUCCGGUUCUCCUCCUCCGGCCGUCUACUGGCUCAAGAACGGCAUGCCCAUUCCUGAGUCGCCGUUCGACAGAGACGAAAUUGAAGAAGCGUCAAACAAAAUCUCCGAGAUUGAGUCGCUGCUGCCGACCAGAGGUUUGGCUUCGACCAAAGCCCGUUUGCUCAUCGAUUGCGUUGAUGGCGACGCCGAGGCCAUUUAUACUUGCGUAGCCCAGUCGGUCAACGAGAAGAUCGUGUCCAGCACCUACGUUCAUAUUGAAGGUGAAGUUGCUUAUAACGAAACCACCUGCACGUUGAGACACGAGACGGACUCGUUGCCGGCCAUCGUUUUCAUGUGGUCGGGUACCUACAUCGACGUCGAAGGUAGAGAUGCCGUCAUCUUGUGCCGGGCAGCUGGUAAUCCCUCGCCAAACAUUUCGUGGUACACUGGUGACGAUCGUCUCAUCACCUCCGGACGCCACUAUCAGAUUUUGCCCAGUGGCGAUUUGAAAAUUUUCAACCUCCGCUGGAACGAACACAUGGGUCUUUACAAAUGCCGGGCGGAGAAUGAAUUCGGAUUAGACGAAUCGGUCACUUUUGUUUACCCAGUUGUGCCGGAGAGUUAAAUGGAUUGUUCAGAAAGCCAAGUACGUGAGGCAAAAUUU